UUUCUCCGAGGGUUGAUUGAACCCGGCCCUCCCACCGCUCUCAAAAGGCACGCGCAAACUCCCCCCUCACACACUCUCUCUCUCUCUCUCUCUCUCUAACCCUUCGGUCUCGCCAAAUCACAAGUCCAACACGCGCCACUCUCCUCCCCUAGCCGUUAAACGAAAGGUCCACCGUCAAUCACGCGAUCGGCGCGAAUUUUAAAGCCCGACGGAUGGUGCUGAUAUAUAGUGGUCUCGCUUUGGCGGCGGCGGCGGCGACUCGUAUAAAUACCGUUCGUCUCCGGUUCUCUCUUCGCGAGGUCUCUUUCUCGUAGAGUCGUCGCCCAUGGCUCUAGCCUCCCCCUCCUCUUCCCCCUCUUCUCUCCUCCGAAACCCUGGACGCUUCUCCCCUUCCCCUUCCCCUUCGCCAUUACCCCCCUCGCUCCCCUUCCUCGCCCGCUCCCGCCGCGCUCGCAUCCUCUCCUCCUCUUCCCCCUUCACGGAGGUCGCUUCCCCGAAGAGGUACGAGCGAGAGAGCUGGGCCUACUCCGCCGCCGCCGCGGCGUCCCCGCGGCGCGGCGGCGCCGGCUACAGGGACGACGAGAUUGCUCUGCAGCUGCCCGAGCUCAAGAAGCUUCUCGAGGCCCUGAGGGCCGCGCGGAGCGGCGGCGGCGGAGGAGGAGCAGGAGGAGGUGGAGGUGGUGGCCCCGGGAGGGUGGCGCUGGUGGGGACGGGGCCGGGGGACCCGGAGCUGUUGACGAUCAAGGCGGUGCGGGCGAUCGAGGGGGCCGAUCUCAUCCUCUACGAUCGCUUGGUGUCGAAUGAUGUGCUGGAUUUGGUUAGGGCGGAUGCGAGGCUCCUCUACGUCGGCAAGACGGCGGGGUACCAUAGCCGCACUCAGGAGGAGAUUCAUGAGUUGCUACUUAGCUUUGCCGAGGCGGGAGCCAAUGUGGUGAGGCUAAAGGGAGGCGAUCCUCUGGUAUUUGGCAGGGGUGGAGAAGAGAUGGAUUUCCUACAACAACAAGGAAUUAAUGUUGAGGUUAUUCCAGGAAUUACUUCGGCUUCAGGCAUCGCAGCAGAACUCGGCAUCCCACUGACUCACCGGGGUGUUGCAAACAGUGUUAGAUUUCUGACCGGCCACUCAAGAAAUGGUGGAACAGAUCCUCUAUAUGUGGCGGAGAAUGCCGCUGAUCCUGAUUCAACGCUCGUCGUCUAUAUGGGUUUGUCGACUCUCCCAGCUCUCGCACCGAAACUGAUAAAUCAUGGUUUACCACCGGAUACUCCAGCAGUUGCAGUGGAGCGAGGGACUACCCCUCAACAGCGUACAGUAUUUGCUAAUCUAGAGGAUCUUGUGAAUGAGGUUAGAAGUGCAGAGCUGGUGUCCCCGACUCUAAUAAUCAUUGGCAAGGUAGUGGCUUUGUCGCCGUUCUGGCCGCAAUCAUCUAAACAUGAAGAGUCGCAGACUGCACAGCCAUGCGCAACACAGACACAAGGAUAAAUCUGUCUUUUGUUUGGAGUUCUCAUAUUUUGUGAAAAUUAGGCACUGCAAUAGGAUAUCGUAAUACGCAUUGUCCUCUCAAAGAGGUAUUUUCUCAACUUUACGGAUCCAAGAUGAAUUAAUCAGAGAAAGAGGUCAAAAUCUGCGAACAGCACAUGAAUUAGAUAGAUUGAGGAGCAGAGAGCUGAAUGCAAAGGGGGGAAAAAAUCAUUAGCAGGCGCUGAUUAACUGAUCGUGAGGUUUUACCUUUGUUGUUGUUGUUGUUAUUCUUAUCAUUGCUGUCAUUGUUGUUGGUGUUGUCCUCGAGUAAUACGACAACAGCACCAUCGAAGCGGCCCGGCUUUGUCUAAUGGCAUGAGAUAGCAGAGAUGGAGGGUCUGCAGCGGUAUACAAUUUGCUACAAAUCAGCUUUUGGGCAAGUCAUUUUGAAGGAAUAAAAUUUUAUUUAAAUCGAUUGAGCUUCUCUUUUUGGGAGUUGUUUAAUUUUUCGAGUCGUGGAAACUGUUGAUUUACAUGGAUUUUUUUUCCUAAUUGACAUUCGGUUCUUAGUUCCAUGUCAUUUCCGCAUAUUGGAUCAGUAAUUUUGUUCAAUUUUGCGCUAGAUGAAUGGUAUCAGGCGCACAAAUUGUAUCAAGGAGAAGGCAACAUUUUCCUGUUUGAUUUGUUCUGGUCUUUAACCUCA